ACUUCGAAAACGGUGCCUUCCCGUGAUUGGCAAAUUGUAACUGGGGAACAACUGCAAGAUUACAGUCAGUCCGAGUGGGAUCAACUGUUAAGGCAUAAGUACAUCGUAUUUGCAAGAACAAAUCCCGAACAAAAAUUGCGAAUCGUCCAGGAAGUCCAACGGCGGGGUGAGACCGUUGCUGUCACCGGAGGUGGCGUCAACGAUGCUCCAGCUCUCGCACACGCUAAUAUCGGCAUUGCCAUGGGUUUAUGUGGCAGUGACAUCGCCCGUCAGACUGCCGACAUUGUUUUGUUAGACGAUAACUUUGCAUCGAUCGUGAUGGGGAUCGAAGAGGGACGGCUUCUAUUCGAUAAUCUCAGGCUCUCUUUGGCGUAUACAUUCGCUCAUCUCUGGCCGGAAAUCUUUCCGAUUAUGCUCACGUUUAUACUCGGAUUACCACAAGGAUUGUCGCCAAUGCAGAUCCUUUCCAUCGAUUUGGCUUCUGAGAUGCCUCCAGCCGUGUCGCUUGCUUAUGAGCAACCCGAACAAGACAUCAUGCUAACUCGUCCACGUAGUCGGAAAACUCGUCUCCUUUCAAAAGGACUGCUCGUUUACGCAUACCUCUUUGCUGGCACUGGUAUCACUAUUGGUUGUAUAGCCGCAUACCUUAGUGUAUACUGGUACCACAACAUCACGUUUCGGGAUUUGUUGUUCACAGCUGAACAUCAUUGGAAAAUUGGCGCCGUGAAUUUUACUACCAGUGACGGUGUGGUUUACGAUGAGAACCAGCAGUUGUUCAUAAAAGGACAAGCAGCUGGCGCCUGGCAGGUGGUACUUGUUAUGUCUCAGGUGUUUCACCUCUACAACUGUGCAACUCGCCGAGUGUCUGUCUUCCGACAUGGCAUCACCAACGUCGUGUCCAUAUUCGCAGUGAUCAUUGAGAUUCUCCUUCUGGUAAUGUUCGUUUACACACCAGUCAGUCAGUACUUCAUGGACACACAUGCUCCACCCCCACAUGUAUGGGCAAUCGCCCCGUUGGUUGGACUCUAUCUCCUCGCUUACAACGAGGGCCGAAAAUACCUCAUUAGGAACUAUCCCAAAAGUAAAUUCAUAAAACUCGUGAAAUGGUAA